CGGCGGGGCGGGGAGCGGCGCCGAGGGGUGACGGUGCGGGCGCGGGAGCCAUGCCGCCGCCCAAGGACGUGGUGAAGAUCGCCAUCCAGAUGGUGGGAGCCAUCCCGCAGCUCAUCGAGCUGCAGCAGACCAAGCCCCUCGCCUCGGUGCUCAAGGACGUCUGCGACGCGUGGAGCCUGCCCAACGCCGAGCGCUACGCCCUGCAGUACGUGGACGGGCGGCAGACCUACAUCACCGAGUCGAACCGCGGGGAGAUUAAGAACGGGAGCAUUUUGCGGCUGACCACCUCCCCGGACCAAGAAGCAGAGCGGUUGUACAGCGGGAUCCAGAGCAACAACUCUGAUGUGAAGACUGACUCACUGAAGAAACUUGCGAGCCUCUCCCAAGACGUUACCUUUGCUCAAGAGUUCAUCAACAGGAAUGGCUUGAAACAAAUCUUCUAUAUUGUGGAAGAAGGAAACGAUACAGGGGAGAUGCUAGCUCACACCCUGAAGGCCUUCAUGGAGCUGAUGGAGCAUGAUUUUGUAUCUUGGGAGACUCUUAGUGCAGCCUUCAUCAAGAAGAUAGUGAGUUACGUCAAUAUGAACGUGGUGGAUGCAUCUGUCCAGCAGCUCUCCUUGUCUAUCUUGGAGAACAUGGUGCCCACCAGUCGCCUCCUCUUCGAGCUAGUUAAAAAAGAAGUGACGCUGGAUCGUCUUCUCACGCACCUGCAGGUGACAAACGCCCAGCUGCAGCUGAAGGCGAUGGCCCUGCUGAUUGCCCUGCUGCUGGCUGCGACCGACGCUGAGCGGCGGGACAUGAUGGACUACCUGAGGGAGAAGAACAUCAGGCAGUUUAUCCACAAGAACAUCAUCCACAGCUCCGAGCCGCUGGGCGACGAGAUGGCCCAUUACCUGUACGUGCUGCAGUCCGUCAGCCUCAACCUGUGCGAGCGCCGCAUGAGGACCUCCAUGGAUCCCUACUCGCAGGAACAGCGGGAGCUCCUCCAGUCGCUGCGCCAAACCGCCUUUGAGUCGGAGAGCGAGGCACCUGCCGGCAACUUCAGCACCGAGCGCCGGCGAUCCCUCUGCGCCAAGGAGUUCCGCAAGCUGGGCUUCACGAACAACAGCAACCCCGCGGAAGACCUCCGCCGUGCCCCGCCGGGGCUCCUCGCCCUUGACAACAUGGUGUAUUUCUCCAGGCAUACCCCCAACGCCUAUAGCAGGUUUGUCCUCGAGAACAGCAGCCGGGAAGACAAACACGAAUGCCCCUUCGCUCGAAGCAGCAUCCAGCUCACCCUGAUCCUCUGCGAGAUCCUGCACGUUGGAGAGCCGUGCUCGGAGACGGCUCAGGCCUUUUACCCUAUGUUCUUCGGGCAGGACCAUUUCUUCAAAGAGCUCUUCUGCAUCUGCAUCCAGCUGGUGAACAAGACCUGGAAGGAGAUGCGCGCUACCCAGGAGGACUUUGACAAGGUGCUGCAGGUGGUGCGGGAGCAGAUCACCAGGACCUUGUCCCUCAAGCCCACCUCCCUGGAGCUAUUCAAGACCAGAGUGAACGCGCUGAACUACAGCGAGAUCCUGAAGCUGCGGCAGACGGAGCGGCUGCACCAGGAGGAGACGCUGGCUGUGCCGGUGCUGGAGUUGCGCGAGAGGCUGAAGCCGGAGCUCCUGGAGCUGAUCCGACAGCAGCGCCUGCUGCACCUCUGCGAGGGCACCCUCUUCCGCAAGAUCAGCAGCCGCCGCAGGCAGGACAAGCUCUGGUACUGCCGCCUGUCACCCAACCACAAGGUGCUGCACUAUGGGGACGUGGAGGAGGGGGUGCACUCUCUCCCCAUCGAGAGCCUGCCAGAGAAAAUUCCUGUGGCGGACAUGAAGAUGCUGCUCGUGGGGAAGGAGUGUCCGCACACGAAGGAGAAGAGCUCUGGGAAGCAGAACAAGGAUGUCCUGGAGCUGGCCUUCUCCAUCGUGUACGAUGUGGAGGAAUACUGCCUCAACUUCGUUGCCCCCACCCGGUAUGAGUUCUGCCUCUGGACAGAUGGGCUGAACGUGCUCCUGGGCAAGGAGAUGACGAGCGAGCGAACGCAGACGGACCUCGAUGUCCUGCUGUCCAUGGAGCUCAAGCUGCGGCUCCUGGACCUGGAGAACAUCAGCAUCCCUGACACACCCCCUCCUGUCCCAAAGCCCCCCAGCAACUUAAACUUCUGCUACGACUUCAGCCAGGCCGAGCACCUAGGGGAUCCUUUCUGGCCAAGAAAGGGGUUAGAAAAAGGAGAAAACACCCUUUCUGCUCACUUGGAUGAGCAGGCGGCAUCUCCAGAGGACGGUGUGCCUGCCCAGCCAGACCUGUGCCACACUGAAACGUUUUUCUGCGCUCCCUCUCCUGGAAGAGGGGUGUUUAGGGUACAAGCCCCCUCUCCCAGCGCCCUUUCAGCCGGCCUGGGGCUCGCUGCCGCCGUGCCCGGCGUGAGGAGGAGGCUCGUGCCAACCCUGGGUGCCCUGCGCGGGUACUUGCACACUCCAGCCAUGCUGCUGCACUACUGCAACACGACAAAGCUACCUCCCGUCCCCUCGCCUCACACCUCCCUGUGCCUACAGCUUCUCCCAGGGGUGUCGCGGGGGCAGCCGCAGCCGCCGGGUCCCUGGGGGGGCUCCCACUGUGCCUCUGCCUCCCGGCUCUUGGGACAAUAAAACACUCGUGGAGAGCUCA